GCUGCCGGGGUUAGGAACCCCAGGCCCCGGCCAUGUGGGAGACUCCCGAUGCUGAGGCGUUCGCUGCGGCCCUCCGCGGCUCUCUCUUCCUGCUGCUCUUCGCGCUGGGGGUCCGCCAGCUGCUAAAGCAGAGGCGGCCGUCUGGCUUCCCCCCAGGACCUUCGGGGCUGCCGUUUAUCGGCAACAUCUACUCGCUGGCCGCCUCAGCUGAGCUCCCUCAUGUCUACAUGAAAAAGCAGAGCCAGGUGUACGGCGAGAUCUUCAGUCUACACCUUGGAGGUAUAUCAAUUGUGGUUCUAAAUGGCUAUGAUGUAGUAAAGGAAUGCCUUGUUCAUCAAAGUGAAAUUUUUGCAGACAGACCAUGCCUUCCUAUAUUCAUGAAGAUGACAAAAAUGGGAGGCUUACUCAAUUCCAGAUAUGGCCGAGGAUGGGUUGAUCACAGAAGAUUAGCUGUAAACAGCUUUCGCUGUUUUGGAUAUGGCCAAAAGUCUUUUGAAUCUAAAAUCUUAGAAGAAACCAAGUUUUUCACUGAUGCUAUUGAAACGUACAGUGGUAGACCUUUUGACUUUAAACAAUUAAUAACAAAUGCUGUUUCAAACAUAACCAAUCUGAUCAUUUUUGGAGAACGAUUCACUUAUGAAGACACUGAUUUUCAGCACAUGAUUGAGUUAUUUAGUGAAAAUGUGGAACUAGCUGCCAGCGCCUCAGUCUUCCUCUAUAAUGCCUUUCCAUGGAUUGGCAUCCUACCUUUUGGAAAACAUCAACAGCUGUUUAGAAAUGCAGAUGUGAUUUAUGAUUUUCUCUCCAGGCUUAUUGAAAAAGCUUCCAUCAACAGAAAGCCUCGGUUACCUCAGCACUUUGUUGAUGCUUAUUUAGAUGAGAUGGAUCAAGGUAAAAAUGAUCCAUCAUCUACUUUCUCCAAAGAAAACCUCAUUUUUUCUGUGGGUGAACUCAUCAUUGCUGGAACUGAAACUACAACCAAUGUGCUACGGUGGGCAGUUCUUUUCAUGGCCCUUUAUCCUAACAUUCAAGGACGAGUUCAGAAAGAGAUUGAUUUAAUUAUAGGACCCAGUGGAAAGCCUUCCUGGGAUGACAAAUGCAAAAUGCCUUAUACGGAGGCAGUUUUGCAUGAAGUUUUAAGAUUCUGUAAUAUAGUGCCAUUAGGGAUUUUCCACGCAACUUCUGAAGAUGCAGUUGUACGUGGUUAUUCUAUUCCUAAAGGCACAACAGUAAUUACAAAUCUUUAUUCUGUACACUUUGAUGAAAAGUACUGGAGAGACCCAGAUAUAUUCUAUCCGGAACGAUUCCUGGACAGCAAUGGGCAUUUUGUCAGGAAGGAAGCUUUGGUUCCCUUUUCCCUAGGGAGAAGACAUUGUCUUGGAGAACAGCUGGCUCGGAUAGAAAUGUUCCUGUUUUUUACAGCAUUUCUUCAGCGGUUUCGCUUGCAUUUUCCACAUGAACUGGUUCCAAAUCUGAAGCCUAGGUUAGGUAUGACUUUGCAACCCCAGCCCUACCUUAUCUGUGCAGAAAAACGCUGAAGGUGCGCAGGUGUUUUGUGUAGCAAAGCUAUACGUUUGCCUCACCCCAAACCUUGUUUAAUCAAUGUGCGUGUUUGGACAAGCAUCACAGUAUCAUAAAGCCAAAUGAACACAGAUGUGUCUUUAAAAACAGUACCACCAAAACACAGACACAGACACACAGAAGUACUACAGGCAGCAGUAAGCAUUAGCUAUUAUUUCUUCCAACCUUUAAUGACUUAUAAGGCAGAAUUUUCUGAGGAAAACAGGUGUAUGUGACAGUUAUUUCUUAAGAUACUAAGGAGUGUCAUGGAUGCCCUGACUUUUCAGCCUCUUAGUACCAGGAACCCCUCAUCCCUUCUUGACUCCAACUUGCUCCUUUCUGAGGGCUUUGUUUCCAGAUGCCAACGCCAGCUCCCUUCUGAUCAGGUAUUAUCACCGAAUAGAUUGUGUGGUACUAGUCCAGUUUAAUAGUGGAGUAAAGAAGAAAUUAGAACCCAAGGAGAUGAAUUUGGACUACAGAGGUGUUUUAGACAUGAUGGCAGAUAAUAGAAUAAAUAUCUAUACAUGUAAGACCUGCCAAUGCUUUCAAAUCUUGCUUCUUACUAUAUCGUCAUAAGAACUGAGUCAUUCUUCCUACAAAUGAGGGUCUCUGUGACCCCCUCAUACCAGCAAUUCAGUAGACAGGAAAUUACAAUAAUGUAUGUAAAAUAAAAAUGACACGUGGCUAAUAAUUCUUUGUAGGCAGACUUUUUAUUUAGUACCACUUUUUUCAAAACCAGUCACAGGGCUUAAAAGAUUGAAUCCUUUUACUUUUUCAAGAUCUCUAGGCAUUUCCUUGGAUUACUGUUAUUUUUCUAAAAAAAGAAUACCAUUCAAAAAGCAUGCUUUAGAGGCAACGUAACUGCAUAAAUUGGGGAACUUGAGAGUGAUGAGCUUCUGUUAGUUAUUAUGCCAGGAAAAUAAAUGUAAACUGUGACUGUCCUGAUCAAACUGGUGUGUACAGCACCCAUCUAUACCUUAUUUUUUUUUUUAACAAGUUGUAUGUUAAGGAUUCAUGCUUUUGUAGCUUAGCUCAUGAAUAGUUGCAGCCUCAGAGUAAAUGCACAUAACAAUGACUUCUGUUAAGAAUAUGAAUUUAAUCUUAGUUUGACUUCAUCUGUCAAAUAUUUUCAAAUGUCUGUGAUAAAUCAGGAGUCUUUGCAUCUCUGGUAUUAAGAUUUUUCCAGUUGCAAGGGGGGGGGGAAGUCCUGUGUAAAUUUACAUAAAUAAUAAAGGAAAAAUUCAGAGGUAGCAUGGUAGUUUCAGUAGGUAUGACUUAGAUGCUUCAUGGUAUGGUCAAAGAUCCUGUUUCUUCGUAUCCCUCUAUUUUGCCUUCUGGAUGAUAUCAGCUUUAUCUUAAGGCUGACUCAUGUGCUUUGCUCACUUCCUUUAGUUAGAGUGAGCUUGGAUUGUUUCUGGGAGAGCAAGGGAGCUUUUCAGAUGUUCCCCCAGAACUGCUCUUCGUGUUGCAUAGGUCCUAAAUAAGUUAUAUGUCCAUCCAUUAAAACUAUGUCUGUGAACAUGGAAGCAACCCAAGUGCAUAUGAAUAGCAAAUUGGAUUAAGAACGAUGGAAUAUUACUCAGCCAGAAAAAAGAAUGAAAUCCUGCCAUUUGCAGCAACAUGGAUGGACCUAGAGAAUACUAUGCUUAGUGAAGUAAGUCAGACAGAGAAAGACAUACUGUAUGAGAUUCCACAUAUAAGCAUAUGUGGAAUGUAUGUGCAAAACAGACUCAGAUACAGAAAACAAACUUGUAGUUACUGAAGGGGGAAGAGGACAUGGGACUAAUAUACAAACUACUAUGUAUAAAAUAAGCACCAAGGACAUACUAUAUAGCACAGGGAAGUAUAGCCAUUAUCUUAUAAUAACCUAUUAUGGAGUCUAAUCUGCAAAAAUAUUGAAUCACCUGAAAUGAAUAUAAUAUUGUAAGUCAACUAUAUUUCAUUAAAAAAAAAAAAAGAAAAGAAAAACUAUGCCAUGUGAGUAGGAUGGUUCACUUAGGCCUGACUACUGGAGCCAGUGAUGGAAUUGGCUUUGCUCAAAGUACACGUACUACAUUGGGGUUAGUGUAGUUACCUAAACAAAAAUAAGGAGAGUUAUGAAGAGAAGAAUUACUGACUAGGAGACUGAUUACAAUAUCUGCCUCACUGCCCUCUGACCACCUGCUAAGCCGAGCAACUUUCCAACCUAUCUCCAUGACUCUUGACAGUAAUACUCAUUCAGGUGGUUCCUUGAACUUUGCUCUUCCUAUGACACAAGAAAUGCCCUGUCCCUGGGCCUCCUACUUACUGUCGUAUUGUGCAUAAAUGCCUAAAUUGAAAUCUAUAGACUGGGUGUCCUGUGGGUUUUGGUGGUCUUACUGAGCAAAGUCAUGUAGUGAACUGGAGUAGAUUAUAAUCGAAAUUGCAGAGGCCUUAUUUUGCUCUUGAAUGCUACCACUGUUUCUUCUAGGGUGAUUAAGAAUUCCAUCAAUCUACACAGAAUGGAGAACACACUAUUUUCUUUACCUGUGUCUAAGGAAAUGCUUUUCUUUUCCCUAAUCAAGUUACUGCCAACCUGAUAAAAAUCAUUUAAAAAUGUAGAUUUAUAACUUGUUGAUGGUAGAAGGUGUUUAAUCUCACUUAAUGUGCUCAUUUUAUAGCCAAGGAAAUAGGGAUUCAGACAGGGAAAUGAUUCCUCUAGUUCAUAGUACAGGAUGCCCUUUUUUAUCUCAUAUAUAUUUUUUUUAUCCAAAAUGUGUUUAUUGGGAUAGCUCCCCAUUUAUCAUGAUUCAGGGUGCUUUUAAAAGUGCUGUUUCUGUCGAAAGGAUCAUCCUUCUAUAAGCCUUGCUUUUUUAUCUCCUAUGACUGGCAGAGAUAGUAAAGCAGCCAACACACAAAACUAUGGCAUGGCUGAAUUCGGUGGUGUGUUUAUAGCAUCCUGGGCAUUUCAUAUCCGUGAAGUAAGAAUUGGGGCUCUAUACCAGGCACUUCUUCUUGUGUUUCCUCUUCUCUUCUGGAGAGGGAUGAAGGAGCUUCUUUGCAAGAGGCAUGUUCUUGUGGGGAGGUCAUCACUACCAGAAAGGCCAUCUCUUAUUCUUUUAUACUGUGCUUUACAAGUUAUAAGGUUGUUUUCUUAUUGUCAGCUCUUGAUUGUUUGGAGCCAGUUAACUAUGGUAAAAAUAAAAUACUGCAUCUUUAGAAAAAUAUAAAUAUAAAUUCAGUAAUUAAUCCAUAAUGGAAAAUAAUUAUUUUUUGGAACUACGUAGUAACAGACUAUAGAUCUACUGCAAUAGGGGUGCCUUCUCUCUAAUCAAAUUGUGAGCUACUAACUUAGAACGUUAGAAAUCUCACUUCUGAUUCAAGAUGGCAACUGAGUACACUUAUUUCUUCACAAAUGCCCUUGAAAUAACCAUAAGGAUAGAAAAACAGAUAAAGGUAUUGAGAAUGGGGUUGGAGGGCCAUAUUUUUUUCCUUUUUUUAAAGUAUAAUCAGUUUACAGUGUUGCUACUUUAUAACGUACAGCAUAGUGAUUCAGUUAUACGUAUAUAUGUGUGUAUAUAUAUUCCUUUUCAUACUCUUUUUCAUUAUAGGCUUUUACAAAGUAUCAAAUAUAGUUCCCUGUACUAUACAGUAAGAUCUUGUUGCUUAUUUUAUAUAUAGUAAUUAAUGUAUGGAAAUCCCAAACUCCCAAUUUAUCCCUCCCCCUCACCUUUCCCCCUGGUAACCAUUAAGUUUGUUUUAUAUGUCUGUGAG